AUGAGAAAGGUACUACGACACUCUAACUCUCUUUGCCGGUUCAACAUCUGUUCUGUGCCUGCUCUCAGAGUCUUGGGGGUUUCCUUCAUCAGCUGUGGAGAGGCACAUUCUGUUGUUCUCACCAAGGGUGGACAGGUGUUCACCUUUGGAGAGGGAAGCCGAGGCCAGCUUGGGCACAAUGCAUCAGCUAACGAACUCCUACCCAAACUGGUAGAGGGUAUGGAUGGACUGGCCUCACAGAUAGCAUGUGGCAGCCAUCACACCCUGGUGCUGGGGUCCUCAGGUCAACUCUGGGCCUUUGGCAGUGGGGUCAAAGGUCAGCUAGGGACUGGCAUUAUGGAGGGCCGCUUGCGACCCACCUCAGUGCUGCUGAAAAGGGCUUCUGCUACAUACUGA